UUAGUAUAAAAAACCAUGGUAAUCCUAAUUAAUUUUUUAUUUUUGUAUUACUUCAACCAAUAGCCAAGAGAGAGCUCAAAUAAGCCAUUUUUGCGUAAAGAUGUGGUCAUGACCGCAACCAAGCUGCGUCCUGUUCGUUUUCAUCUCUUCUCUCACUCUCAGGAUUAAGCAUAGUAGAGUUCUUAAAAAAAAAGAAAGUUCAGAAAAGGGAAUUUGGUAGAGGUGUUAAGAAGAGAAUACGAUCCAUGUGGCUCCUGGUUGACUGGUAAUAUACUUUCAGCGGUGACAACUAUAUUGUUAGGUACAAACUGCUUAGACACCUGCCUCUACAAGUCUAAAUGGGAAUAGUUGGACAGUUGGCGAUAUAGCUGAGGUGUUUGAUAUCCACUAUUGGAUCGUAGGAAAGGUCGCAAAGGUGUUAAAGAACAAUAAUCGAUUUGUCAUUAAUUCUUUGGGACCAUCUAGCUUAAGUAAUUACGUGCAUCAAGUUUAAGGAUUAGGCAGGUUCGGCACGACAACAAGUGGGCGGUGAUUGGAAAGGUUGCUCAGGGUAAAGACUUUGCCUACAAAUUUACGCCAAAAAAGUCCAUACCGUGGUUGUGGCUUGCAACAUAAGGGUGUGGCUGAUAAUGUCACCAUGUGUCUGUCCAUGAGAGCCAUGUAUAAAGGCUAUGCCCCUCAAUCUUGAAGAAUAUGGAGCCGCUUUUUGGAGGAAUCCACAAGAAAAGGAAAUCACCUCUGUGUCCUAGAGGGUGUGAUGAAUCUCUUAAGAGAAAACUUCCGUUCUUUAACCAGGUAGAUGAUAUUUCUUGCCAACAUGUAGGGGUUGAUGAAAAAUUCAUUAAGCAGUCUACUAACAGGAAUUACAGAAUGGAAAAUACAGCUCCUCACCCUUUACAUGAUUCUUCUAGGCCUCUUUGGUCUACUGAAGAUAGUGACCGAUGCUCAGUUGCUAGCUGUAGUUUUAAUGGUGUUGCUGACUAUGCUGGCCAAGUUUCCCAUAAAUCAUCGGAAAACACACCUGAUAAUUCUGAUGCUGAAUCAUCAUUCCCUUCUCUGUGUGGCAAAAAAAACUUACCCUUGUCCCCCCUAGACGAAGCAGUUGAUGUCCAUGAACUAGAGCUCCGUGCUUACAAGUCAACAGUGGAGGCAUUGUAUGCUUCAGGGCCUCUAACUUGGGAGCAAGAGUCCCUGUUGACAAAUCUCCGCCUCUCCCUUAACAUUUCAGACGAGGAAUAUCUACUCCACCUAAGACAUCUUUUGUCUCCUCAAGUUCCCUGAUCUGGUUUAUAUCUCUGCAUCUUGCCAAGCGUCUGUAUGUAAUUGGUUCAGGCUCACCCAAUGACACUGUUGAGAUAUGUGAGCUAUUGCAGGCGGCACCUUAACCUUCGGAGUGUAUGUAACGUGUAAAUACUUUUGAGGGAUUGAGUUUUAGUUGUUGAAGCUUAGAGCCAGUAACAGGAAUCGAUGUUUCUGAAUUUCAUUGUCUUUGUAAUAUCGAACCUAUGUAGAAAUGACUUCCCCUCAUUCUGACUAUUUGUGAAUUCACUCGCAGCUCACUGAUGCCCAUCUUCCUGAUGCAAAUAGAAGUAAUCUUGGCA